AUGCUUCAAAAUGUGAAGUCCAAACUCAUCUUUGAUGUGACUAUGUACACGUCUAUCUAUGAAUGGCACGAGGCAAAAGUGUCGGAAAUAAAAAAAACAACUGGACCAGACGAUAUCCAAACCAAAGUCUGAAAGCUUCUCGGGCGACCGGGAACAGCCAUCCUGACAGAACUGUUGAACAACAUUGUCAGCACAGGAGAAGUCCCGAAGGUCUGGACGACCAUCAUUACCAUACCCAUAUGGAAGAACAAAGGGGAUGUAGCCGAAUGCUCAAAUUAUCAUCCUAUCCGCCUACUAUGUCACACGACAAAAAUAUUCGAAAGAGUCAUCGAUGCACGUCUUCGGGAAAUUGUCAACGUCACCCCCAACCAAUGCAGUUUCGUAAAGGGAUGUGGAACAACUGACGCCAUACACGCCGCCCGACUCCUGCUGGAGAAGCACAGGGAAAAGAACAAGACGGUACAUAUGGCCUUCCUAGACCUUGAAAAGGCUUUCGACAGGGUACCCCAUGAACUCAUAUGGCACUCCCUAAGAUCACAUGGUGUCCCUGAGGCGUAAUUCAAAUGGAUACAGCUCCUCUACGACAACGCCACCAGUUCAGUCCGAUGCGCCGCUGGACUAUCACCUCCCUUCACAGUUAGUGCUGGGGUCCACCAAGGGUCAGCUCUGUCACCCCUCCUCUUCAUUCUAUGUAUGGAUACCAUCACGGCCGACCUCCAGUUACCUCAUCCAUGGUCUCUCCUCUUUGCCGAUGACGUAUUCCUUGCCAGCAAAGAAGGAGAAGAUACCCAAACGACGAUGCAACUCUGGAAGAUCCGGCUCGAUGAAUAUGGCAUGCGACUUAAUACGAAAAAUACCGAAUACCUGGAAGGAGGCCCCCAAACUGAUGGCACCAUCAUGAUUGACAACGAAGAGUUGAAGAAGACAGAAGAGUUCCGCUACUUGGGCUCAGUCAUCAGCUACAAUGGAAAUAUAACCUCCGAUGUCUGAGCACGAAUAAAUGCAGCCUGGUUAAAAUGGCGACAGGUCACUGGUGUCCUUUGCAACAGAAGAAUGCCAGAUCGACUCAAGGGAAAAAUCUACAAAGCGGUGGUCUGCCCAGUAGCCCUGUAUGGUUCCGCAUGUCGGCUCGCAUUGACCACACAUGAACAAUCUCUAAACACCAUGGAGAUGCGCAUGCUUCGAUGGAGCCUGGGAAUUACAAGACAGGACCGUGUUACGAACAAAGGCAUACGGAAGCGAUUAGGUGUAGCCCCAAUUAAGGAAAAGAUGCUUGAGUCCCGCCUGAGGUGGUAUGGACACGUGAUUCGAAGCGAUGAGAACUCGGUAGCAAAAAAGGCAAUGAUGAUCGACCCAGAAGGAUGCCGGCCUCGAGGCAGACCGAAGAAACGGUGGAUGGACAAAAUAAAGGAGGACAUUAAGACCAUCAACGCAUCACCUGAGGACGCCUUGGACAGGACCUAAUGGAGAAGAGAAUCCUUUGCCGAAGAGCGGACCCUGCACCAGCGGGAACAACAAGAUGGCGACAAUGCAUCUACAAGGAUGCCGUUAAACGCCAAAGACGAAGAAGAAGAAGCAGUGUCCGUCGGCAAUGCACGAGCAUCUAAAAAGGAAGCACGUUGUGGCAUCCGACGACGAAGUGUGAGCCCAGUGCAGCCCUCGCACCGCGUUAUCGAGCUAACGGAGAGAGCACUAGGUGCUGCUAGGCAGCUAGUGGAGCACUUUAAGAGAAAUCCCGAGGUAACGCCAAGGGGGAAACACUACUUCGACUUGAAGCCAGAGCAGUGGGUGCUGCUUGAAGAACUGAAGCAAAGGUUGGCACCUUUUGAGACUGGUCCUGUUUACCUUAGUGGACAGCAGUACACAACCAUUUCAGGUCUUCCACAGGUGGUCAAAGGGCUGACACGGGCUGUACACCAAAGCCAACCUGAGACGAGCUCAGGAAAAUCUUUCAUUGCCAGUGCAGAAAAAGGCAUAACAUAG